CUCUCUCUCCCCCCCCCCCCGGAUCCGGUAAUGGCUCUUUUUGAGGUGAGCGGUUACAGGACGCACCCGGAUCUCCGUGGACAGGUACUCGGACCAAGUCAGACCCGGCUGAUGGAGCGAUCCGGCCACUACAGCUUCGGGAGUCAAACUCCGGAGUUCGUGGUGCCGCUGGGCGCAGACCCCGCUGACUUCCUCAAGUCAUGCAGCUGCGAUGGAAAGGUGUGUAUUGACCUGAACCACGGCACCACCACCCUGGCCUUCAAAUUCAGACAUGGGGUCAUUGUGGCAGUGGACUCCAGAGCCUCAGCAGGAAGCUACAUAGCAUCCAAGGAGGCCAACAAAGUGAUAGAGAUCAACCCUUACCUGCUGGGCACCAUGUCGGGUUCUGCUGCUGACUGCCAGUACUGGGAACGGCUGCUGGCCAAGGAAUGCAGGCUGUACCAGCUGAGACACAACCACAGGAUCUCAGUGGCUGCCGCCUCCAAGCUGCUGUCAAACAUGAUGCUGGGUUACAGAGGCAUGGGCCUGUCCAUGGGCAGCAUGAUCUGUGGCUGGGACAAACAGGGUCCAGGUCUGUACUACGUGGACGACAACGGGACGCGUCUGCAGGGCAGCAUGUUCUCCACCGGCUGUGGAAACAGCUAUGCUUACGGCGUGAUGGACAGCGGCUACCGGGAGGACAUGACGGUGGAGGAGGCAUACGAACUUGGGCGUCGCAGCAUCGCUCACGCCACACACCGCGACGCCUACUCUGGCGGGGUGGUCAACAUGUACCACAUGCAGGGGGAUGGAUGGAUAAAGGUGUGUAAGGAGGAUGUGUCAGAGCUGAUCCACCGCUACAGAAAGGGCAUGUUCUGACAGAUGAAGAGUGUUUGUGACCUGCAGUGAUGCUCAUGCAAGACGUAUCCCUGGUGGGACUCCUCCAUUCACACCACUCAGUCUGAGCUGUCAGUCAUUCAUAUUAGCCGCUGCUGGGACUUGUGGCCAAGCGUUUGGUGACAACUCAAUAUUUUUGGUUAUCGUCUUUCAGUGGUAUUAUAUUGGGAUGUAAUUUGAAUAUUGUCAUACACAUACUGUCAUGAUACACAAUUUUGGUGUCAAAAUUAAUGAUAAUGGGAAUCAACUGCCUAAAAUGUCUAACAAAAUGAGGUCCGAAAUACUGAUCAUAACAUGAUGUUAAAAAUUAGUUUGGGUUUGAUAUUAUACUUUUUCACAACAGUUCUGGUUUGGUACUGUACUUUGUAUAACCAAAGAGUUCAAUGUAAUGAUCCUCAGCUGAAUUCUUAAACAUGGUAUUUUUGCAAAUCUAAGUAGAUAUUGUGAUUUUUGUCAGUAUCUAUGAUUAUCCUGAUCAUAUUUUCCAUAUCUCAGCAGUUCUGUAUCCCCACUCCUCAUCAGUUUUGUUUGUCAUAUUAUACUGUAAAGUUUUAUGGUUCUGCUACUGAGAUGAAGAUGGCUUUGUUCAGAGAGCAUUUUAUUUCCUUGUUUGGAUGACACAGACACACUAUAACCAGUCCUCUAUAACAACACACAGAUGAACAUAAAACCUGUUUUUCCA